CCCCAACAUCAGGCGAGAGGCCAAAUGCCCCCGGCCGCCAUCAGAAUCAAUCUUCGGUCGAUGUCCCUUUUCUCAGGAUUGAUCGCAGCCACGAGGAAAAUGGAUUCAAACACCAUGCCCCCAAGGCGUUAUGUGCCGCAGAGUCCAGAUGGACCUUUUCCUUAUUCCCAGGAAGACCUCACUCCCAUGGAGCCAGGGGACGACUCGAGCUUUUAUGCUGCUCCGCGGUUUGUAACACAUAUUGACGCCAAUGCCAUCAACAACGUGCGCAACUAUUAUGCGCAGGUCUUGCCCCGCAAAGGACGGAUAUUGGACUUUUGUUCCAGCUGGAUUUCACAUUAUCCGACCGAGGUCACCAAGGCAGCAUCGUCAGGGGAAGUCGAGGUGCUAGGGAUGGGCAUGAAUCGCGCUGAGCUGAGCAAGAAUCCUGUAUUGACACACUGGUCGGUGCAAGAUCUCAACGAAGAUCCAGAAGUCCACUUACCUGGUCCGGCCGUGGGAAAGUUGGAUGCAUCGACAUGUGUGGUGUCCAUCGACUACCUGACAAAGCCAGUUGAAGUUCUGCAGAGUAUUCGACGACAGACCAACCAGGGUGGAAGGGUGCAUCUGGUCAUUUCCAACCGGUGCUUUCCCACCAAAGUGGUCGGAAGGUGGCUCAAGAUCGACGAAGACGAGAGGCUCAACAUGGUUGGGGACUAUCUGUGGUGGAGCGGAUGGCGCAAUAUUGAGAUCCAGACGCUGGUGGAAGGCUCAUUCAUGACAGAUCCGCUGUGGGUGGUGAGAGGUGAGAACAUCGAGGCCGCUGGUUGAGAGGUUGAGAGGUGUGUGGUCGUGGAAGGCGCAGGAGUCGGACAGGCGAACACCAUUUCCUGGACCUGCUCAGGUGCCUCUCCAGGUACCUCUUCAGGUAGGGAGCCACCUAACGGACCUUCCAGCGCAGACAGACCGGCCUUCCUUCACCAGGCGUCAGGCAUCAGGCAUCCUUCACCCAAAUCCCUCUUUGGGCCACUGAGCCUUCGAUCGCCUCCCCUUCCCAAAACACACUCC